AUGAAUCUUCUGCUGGGUGAUUCACCUGAAACGCCAUUGAGCAGCAGAACACACACAAGAGGAUCAAGCCCCAACCUAAUGGACGCUGCUCCUUCCUGCCACACCCCUGUGUCCCGUUCAACUGGACAAGCUAUAAUAUGGAAACGGGAUGCUUUGCAAAUGCAGAGUAUCAGAUACUGGUGUUCUAUUGUUCUAUUCAUGACCCUACACAUGAUUACAAGUAUGUUGGCUAACAUGAUAGAUAGUACUACAUGUACGUCCAAUUUUCCUGCAAUUGGUUCAUUAGAUAGCCUGAGUAUUCACCAAAUUGUUCUAUACUUUAUCUUUGUCUUCCCCGAUUUUAAUUAA